ACGCGCACACACACACCCAUGCAUGUAACUGCCGUCAGUGUUAGCUUAGCAUAUAGCGCUGCCUCCCUGAACCUGCCUCUGACUGGGCUUUAACCAGGCUCCUCUACCACACCAACACACGUGACCGCCUGCUUGACAACAAAGACAUUGAGCCAUAGAAAAAGCAUCCUAUUCGAUAGCUCCACCGGUGACAUUUUGAGUGAGCUUACUUGUUCUUAACUCCGAUAUGCAUGCAUACACACACAGACGGUAUAGUCUUCAAGGGUAAAGACACUCAAGAAGCUAUUUCUGCUAGUUUGCAUUGUACCGCCUUCACAGUCAGAGAACCUGACUUGUGUAGCAUCUCUAUCCUUGGUGUUGGUAACUGAAUGUUGGAGAGAAUGGGAGGAACCCGUUUAAGGCCGGCUUGUUUAUCUCUCAGUAGUGUCAGUCAGCUCAUGCACUUAAUUCAGCUCUGCAGCAUUUACUCUAAUUUACCACACCAACAGCUAUUUUAUACCUCAGUCUGUUUCACAGCUCCGAGUUGUCAUGGUGAUUUUAUGUAACCUCUGAGGAACCUGCUGAGCUUAAUGCUAUAAACUGUUUUAUUCUAUGUAGCUUUAUCACACACACACACACACACACACACACACACUUAAACUGAAUCUUUCAUCAAGGAGCAGUGAACUCUGGGAAUAUGACUCUAUAGACCCCCUCUGCCCUGGUUCCCCCUGCUGUGACUGGUGGUCAGUUCCCUGCCCCUCUUAACCAAAUGACCCCUUUAAGUUUACACUCCGGGUUAAUCAACCCUGUAAAUGCAGGGGUAGUGUCUGACAAGCAGAACACUGACGGGGGAAAGGUGGGGUAGGGAGCUAACUUCUUUAUUUGACCAGUCACAGGACUGGUUAUUCUGCUGCCUUUAAGCUCACAGACAGUGACGUCUGAUUCACCCUAUGGGGCCGACCCGAACCGUACUGUGCUGCCCAGUACAGCUGGGCUUGGCUCGGCUCUAUAGUGUGAAACAGGCAUGCGUGAGCAGCCCUUUAGUACGGUGUCUUUAAUAGAGAUUGUCAUCCCCUCAAGUGUUCUUAUCUAGGUCAUGACAGCUUGAUCCAGUGGGGCUGCAAAGCACAGUGAUCAUGGCUGCUAAAAUUAGAAUCAACAACAGAUUAGAAUGGGUUGGAAUGGGGUUUAACGGUGUGGUACACUGAGGUAUAUCAAACUAGACUGAAUCUGUUAGAAAGGGGUUUAAUAGUGUGGUACACUGAGGUAUAUCAAACUAGACUAAAUCUGUUAGAAAGGGGUUUAACAGUGUGGUACACUGAGGUAUAUCAAACUAGACCGAAUCUGUUAGAAAGGGGUUUAACGGUGUGGUACACUGAGGUAUAUCAAACUAGACUAAAUCUGUUAGAAAGGGGUUUAACAGUGUGGUACACUGAGGUAUAUCAAACUAGACAGAAUCUGUUAGAAAGGGGUUUAACAGUGUGGUACACUGAGGUAUAUCAAACUAGACAGAAUCUGUUAGAAAGGGGUUUAACAGUGUGGUACACUGAGGUAUAUCAAACUAGACAGUCUGUUAGAAAGGGGUUUAACAGUGUGGUACACUGAGGUAUAUCAAACUAGACAGAAUCUGUUAGAAAGGGGUUUAACAGUGUGGUACACUGAGGUAUAUCAAACUAGACAGAAUCUGUUAGAAAGGGGUUUAACAGUGUGGUACACUGAGGUAUCUCAAACUAUACAGAAUCUGUUAGAAAGGGGUUUAACGGUGUGGUACACUGAGGUAUCUCAAACUAGACAGUCUGUUAGAAAGGGGUUUAACAGUGUGGUACACUGAGGUAUAUCAAACUAGACUAUUAGAAAGGGGUUUAAUGGUGUGGUACACUGAGGUAUAUCAAACUAGACAGAAUCUGUUAGAAAGGGGUUUAACAGUGUGGUACACUGAGGUAUAUCAAACUAGACAGAAUCUGUUAGAAAGGGGUUUAACAGUGUGGUACACUGAGGUAUCUCAAACUAGACUGAAUCUGUUAGAAAGGGGUUUAACAGUGUGGUACACUGAGGUAUAUCAAACUAUACAGAAUCUGUUAGAAAGGGGUUUAACAGUGGGGUACACUGAGGUAUCUCAAACUAGACUGAGUCUGUUAGAAAGGGGUUUAAUAGUGUGGUACACUGAGGUAUAUCAAACUAGACUAAAUCUGUUAGAAAGGGGUUUAAUAGUGUGGUACACUGAGGUAUAUCAAACUAGACAGAAUCUGUUAGAAAGGGGUUUAACAGUGUGGUACACUGAGGUAUAUCAAACUAGACUGAGUCUGUUAGAAAGGGGUUUAAUAGUGUGGUACACUGAGGUAUAUCAAACUAGACUGAGUCUGUUAGAAAGGGGUUUAAUGGUGUGGUACACUGAGGUAUCUCAAACGAGACUAAAUCUGUUAGAAAGGGGUUUAAUGGUGGGGUACACUGAGGUAUAUCAAACUAGACAGAAUCUGUUAGAAAGGGGUUUAACAGUGUGGUACACUGAGGUAUAUCAAACUAGACAGAAUCUGUUAGAAAGGGGUUUAACAGUGUGGUACACUGAGGUAUAUCAAACUAUACAGAAUCUGUUAGAAAGGGGUUUAACAGUGUGGUACACUGAGGUAUAUCAAACUAGACAGAAUCUGUUAGAAAGGGGUUUAACAGUGUGGUACACUGAGGUAUAUCAAACUAGACAGAAUCUGUUAGAAAGGGGUUUAACGGUGUGGUACACUGAGGUAUCUCAAACUAGACUAAAUCUGUUAGAAAGGGGUUUAACAGUGUGGUACACUGAGGUAUAUCAAACUAGACUAAAUCUGUUAGAAAGGGGUUUAACAGUGUGGUACACUGAGGUAUAUCAAACUAGACAGUCUGUUAGAAAGGGGUUUAACAGUGUGGUACACUGAGGUAUAUCAAACUAGACUGAGUCUGUUAGAAAGGGGUUUAACAGUGUGGUACACUGAGGUAUCUCAAACUAGACUAAAUCUGUUAGAAAGGGGUUUAACAGUGUGGUACACUGAGGUAUAUCAAACUAGACAGUCUGUUAGAAAGGGGUUUAACAGUGUGGUACACUGAGGUAUCUCAAACUAGACUAAAUCUGUUAGAAAGGGGUUUAACAGUGUGGUACACUGAGAUAUAUCAAACUAGACAGUCUGUUAGAAAGGGGUUUAAUGGUGGGGUACACUGAGGUAUAUCAAACUAGACAGAAUCUGUUAGAAAGGGGUUUAAUGGUGUGGUACACUGAGAUAUAUCAAACUAGACAGUCUGUUAGAAAGGGGUUUAAUGGUGGGGUACACUGAGGUAUAUCAAACUAGACAGAAUCUGUUAGAAAGGGGUUUAAUGGUGUGGUACACUGAGAUAUAUCAAACUAGACAGUCUGUUAGAAAGGGGUUUAAUGGUGUGGUACACUGAGGUAUAUCAAACUAGACUAUUAGAAAGGGGUUUAAUAGUGUGGUACACUGAGGUAUAUCAAACUAGACAGAAUCUGUUAGAAAGGGGUUUAACAGUGUGGUACACUGAGGUAUCUCAAACUAGACAGAAUCUGUUAGAAAGGGGUUUAACAGUGUGGUACACUGAGGUAUAUCAAACUAGACUAAAUCUGUUAGAAAGGGGUUUAACAGUGUGGUACACUGAGGUAUAUCAAACUAUACAGAAUCUGUUAGAAAGGGGUUUAACAGUGGGGUACACUGAGGUAUAUCAAACUAGACAGAAUCUGUUAGAAAGGGGUUUAACGGUGUGGUACACUGAGGUAUCUCAAACUAGACUAAAUCUGUUAGAAAGGGGUUUAACAGUGUGGUACACUGAGGUAUAUCAAACUAGACAUAAUCUGUUAGAAAGGGGUUUAACAGUGUGGUACACUGAGGUAUAUCAAACUAGACUGAGUCUGUUAGAAAGGGGUUUAACAGUGUGGUACACUGAGGUAUAUCAAACUAGACUGAAUCUGUUAGAAAGGGGUUUAACAGUGUGGUACACUGAGGUAUAUCAAACUAGACUGAGUCUGUUAGAAAGGGGUUUAACAGUGUGGUACACUGAGGUAUAUCAAACUAGACAGUCUGUUAGAAAGGGGUUUAACAGUGUGGUACACUGAGGUAUAUCAAACUAGACUGAAUCUGUUAGAAAGGGGUUUAACAGUGUGGUACACUGAGGUAUAUCAAACUAGCCUGAGUCUGUUAGAAAGGGGUUUAACAGUGUGGUACACUGAGGUAUAUCAAACUAGACUGAGUCUGUUAGAAAGGGGUUUAACAGUGUGGUACACUGAGGUAUAUCAAACUAGACUGAGUCUGUUAGAAAGGGGUUUAACAGUGUGGUACACUGAGGUAUAUCAAACUAGACUGAGGUGGAUAUGCAUGUUUGUAUUUGUGUCUGUUUGCUCCAAACCCUUGUACUAAUCCACUACUACACUAGCUUAUGGUGAACCAGUCUUGUCAUGCAUGGUAAAUGUGUUCCUUUGGCUCGUAUGUGUUGCACCUGUGUAGGUGGGCUGCUCCUGUCUUAUGUGCUGUUUUUGUCUAUCCAAAGUCAGAAGUUGCCCUAACCACUGAUACAGGAUCAGAUAGUAUUUCACCCCUUUAAUGGAUAAGGUUAUGAUGGGGACAGAGUAUCUGAUCCUAGAUCUGUGGUUAAGGACAUCUUCUACCUCAAUCAGUUUUGUGUCUGUGUUUGUUUGUGUACUGUGCAUGCCCUUUGACCCCAGAGGGGCGGGCCUGCUCAUCAUCUGACCAUGAUGCUAUAACACUAUUGGCUUACAGUGGUGCUGCUCUUCUUCUUUAAUACUGCUUGCCCCUCCUGGCGGACUACUGCU